UGGUUUGGAGUUUGUUUUUUUUCAGGGGAGGGGUUGUUUUUUUGUUUAUUGGUUUCCCCCAAGUUUCUGGUUAUGGCAGAACCUAUUCCAGAAAAUUUAUGUAUACUAAUGAAUUGUACCUUGUAAGUUACCCUUUUUUCCCCUCAAAUAAUUGAUUAUGUUACAACUUGUUUGGCUUACAAAACUGAUCCCUGACCCCAAAUGAAGGCCUUCAGUUGAAAUCUGCAGUAUGAUGAACAUGUGCUGUCAGUGUCACACAAGUGAAGAAGAGACUUCUGAUCCUUGAACUAGAAGAAGCUUGUGCUUGCCCAGUCCAAGUCUGUCCCCUUUGAGUUAAACUGUUCCCUUAAGCCUGUUGGUCUCUCCUGUGGCUUCUGGGUAGUCAGCUUUGGCGUCCUUUGCCCAUGUAAAGGAACACUUUUGAUAGCUUCCUGUCUAGUAUUUUUACAACACUUCCUGGCAGGUGGCCAAGCAUGUGGUUGCCCUUUCCCUUGUUACACGGUAGCUGCCAACCACAGUGACCAGGAUGGCUUCCAGGAGCUGUUGGAGGAAAGACACGUUUUGCUGCCCUGCAGAGAUUGGAUGGAUUUGUAGAUUUUUUCAAGCUUAGAACUGAAGAGGCCUGAGUCCUUGUCUUACAACUUUGUUGGUGUCAGGACUCUUGCGAAUGGAAGCAAGGGGUUUUUUUUCUGGCUUGCAGAUCCUUAUUUGGAGGAAGGACUUCAUGGAGAUCCGCACAGAAAAGUAGUGAGCUGUUACAUCUGUGUUGCCGGCCCAGGUAGUCUGACUGGGCAGGGGCAGAGCUUGUCAGUAGGAGCUACAAAUCAGGUUUAUUCUCUCAGUUUCCUGAAAGAAAAGUGUGUUUAUUGUCAAUUUAAAGGGGUUCAGAAUUUUAGAUAUAGAAUGGCUUCAGAAAGGAUUUAGUAUUUUGAGCUCUAUGUAAGUGUCAGCUGCCUGUCAGUGCAGCAUGCUGUAACAUUGCCUUCUGCAACCUCAGCAAGGAAAAAUGAUCCAAAGAACUGUUGGUAAAGGAGCAAUUAUAGUACUCACCAACAGUUCCUCAGAAUUUAAUUUCUAAACAACUAAUGAUUUAAAUUAGUCCACCCCAUGAUAAUGUCCCACUUAAAUUUGUAAGGUGAGGUGUAUGGGAGAAGGAGGAAAAUACCUUGAUUUUUCUAGUAUAUGCCUUUAAAAUACUCAUGACUACAAUACUGUAGAUAUGACUCUUGUGCAUAGCAAACUGGUUGCUCAUAGCUACAGUGUCAUAGAUGUGACUCUUCUGCAUAGCAAAUGAGUUUUAAAUAGGCAUUAAACCUAAAAGGUUUGGCACUAACCAAAAGGUCAGUGAAAUAUUGAUCAUCAGUAACAAACCUCAUUCUCCGUGACAGGACAUUAUCGUGACUCCAGUAUAAUAAAAAAGAGCUGUGUAUGUGCUGAUUUCUUUUUUAGCAGUUCAAUAUUGUGAAGUCAGUACACUUAGCCAAGUUGAAUGCUAAAUAUAGACUGAAAGGGGCAGUCUGUUUCAUAGCUGUCUUUAUGGGUCCUGCAGGACUCAACAGGUUCCUAUGGGUCUAAAAGUAGAGAGAAGAACAGCAGAACAAGUUUUCUUCACAUGAUUUUCACUGGCUGAUUUCUUCGAUACUGGCACAUUAACUGAAUUAACUUAUGUUGGCUCUGUAGUGAUUGCAGUUGGCUACGGAUGUGCAUGUGCGGAGAGAGCAGAGCCAGUGCUGGCAGGGACGUGGUUCGCAGACUGUGCUGCCUGGUGCUACAUGAUGUUCUAGAGGAAGGACAGUGGACACAGUCGUCUGUUCUGAAGUUACUGCUGCACACCUAAACAUCAUACAGUAGAUACAAUGGAGAGACCUUCCUUGGAAAUUAACCUGCCUGAUACUCAUGAAGAAGGAAAACUUUAUGUAGUUGAUUCCUUAAACAACCUAAACAAGCUAAAUGUUUGUCCAGAUGAAUCCCAGCAUUCACUAGAUGAGGAGGAGAACACUGGUGGCACUGGAGAAAACAUGGCAGGGAGCAACACAAGAAAUCAGUGUUUGUUCUUCAUCACUUUUAUUCUUACUUUGAUCAUCAGUUUGGCACUUGUUUCAUUUGUAAUAUUCUUAAUAAUUCAGACUAGGAACAAGAUGGACCAAAUAUCAAGCAGGCUACUGUUUGAAAAGAAGAACAUAGAAGAGCUGAAGAAAAUUAACAAUAUUUUAUUAAAGCAUCUGAAUCAAUCAGGAAUUAAGGAUAAGUCUUCUGAUCUUCAUGAUUACUUAUUUACCCACGCUGAGCUCAAAGUCCCAGGAGAGUAGAUCUUCUUUGGAAUGAAAUUCAUCAUAUUCAUGACUCAGAUAUUUGUACAUAUGUCACACAGAUUGCUUAAACAUUCUGAUAUGGUCACCAGAGCAUUGGAAAAGCCAGCUGAAUGAAAAAUAUUAGAAAAUAAUAUUUUAUCCUGGUUUAUUUGGAUAUAGAUUUUUAAAACUAAGCCCAUAGGAGUCACAAUAAACAACAGAUUGUCAGCAAUUUGGGGUAAGAGUUCUGAAUUCCUUUGUAUUGUAAAUUGCAGGGUAAGGGCCUAGUUUUACUUGAAAUGUAAGUGAAUGAUCACAGAAAAUCAUGACUUCUAUUCACAUGAUUCCAGCAUGACCUUGUUCACUUAAUCAUUCUCCUGUUUCUUUGGUACAAGUUUUGUGCUUGUUUUUCAUAUUAUUUGUAUUUAAGGAUAACUUUGGAUUUCAUAACUUAUAAAUAAAUCCAUUUCU